AUGUAUCUCCUCGGAGUUUUGUGUCUAGUGACAGUGGCCUUGGCUUUGCCAGCACCAGAAAAGCUCCAUACUAACUUACCAGCUCUUCCGCCCCCACCUGCUCUUAAGUCAGAAGGUAAGAGCAGUGAUGAAUUAGCUGUUCUCGAUCAAAGCCCAAAAGCUGAAAAGUCAUUGGAAUCCGCAGAGCAACCUAAAAAAGAGAAAGAUAAAUCGGAAUAUGAAUAUAAACCCGACGAUGAUUUUAAAGUAAUUGAGGAGGAACCAAAGGAAUCUAAAGAGAAAGACAAAGAUUCUAAAGAACAAUGGAAACCUAAGGACUCUAAGGAAAUGUCACAAGAAUACAAAGAUUCUAAAGAACACUGGAAACCCCAAGAAUCUAAAGAGAAUCUCAAAGAUUCUAAGGAAUACAAAGAUUCUAAAGAAAAGUCUGAAGCUAAGGAAUCUCAAGAGAAAUCCAAAGAUUCUAAAGAAUACAAGGAUUCCAAAGAAAAGUGGGAACCUAAGGAAUCUCAAGAAAAACUCAAAGACUCAAAAGAAAAAUGGGAACCCAAGGAAUCACAAGAAAAACUCAAGGAUUCUAAGGAAUAUAAAGAUUCCAAAGAAAAUUGGGAUGCUAAGGACUCUCAAGAAAAAUCAAAAGAUUCAAAAGAAAAAUGGGAACCCAAGGAAUCUCAAGAAAAAGCCAAAGAUUCUAAAGAAAAGUGUGAUUCAAAAGAAUCUAAAGACAAAGAAGAAAAAAAGAAAGACGAAAAAAUUGACUUAGAUUCGAGUGAAGACGGACCUGUUCUAGUUGAAUUCAUCAAGAGGCCAUCGCUUUCAUCAUUCAUUUCGCAAAUAUUCUCCAAUUUCCAUUUCCCUAAUAUUUCGUGGCCCUCCUUCCUUAAGCCGAAACUUCGGUCCGAAAAGGAUUAUAUUAAUGAAGAACCUAUAUACAUCAUCAAGGAUCUAUCCUAA